ACCACCAUGCAAGUAUUCCCUUCUUCCUUGACAAGAAUCAUUCAUAUGAACUCUAUCUUGUUGUUCAUAUAUACUAUUAAACAUAAACUCAAGUCUCAUUCAACCUUUGCAAGAUAUGGGCCAAACUAUUGGAAAAGAGGAAAAGAAUGAUCUCGGUCCAACCAUAGGAAAAUGCUACGACAAACAUUUUUCAGACCGUAACAAGGAAUGGAACUCGGCUGAGUUUUAUCAUGCAGUCUGUGAGAUCGUCGAAGAAAUGAACACCAUGCUUGGUAGCACUCAAUUCCAUGUUCCAAAGACUUCUACCCUUGAACAAGCCUACAAUAAGCACCACAAAGGAAAAGAGAAGUCAUUGAGCAAGGAAGAGUUUCAAAGGAUCAUGCAAGAUAUAAUCCUGGAUUCCGGUAUUACUGGAAUGGGAAUCAAAGACAUACUCCUCUUCAUCUUUGGAAUCCCGAUUGUAACAACGUUUGUCAAGCAACGAGCAGGCGCGACAGCCAUUCCCAAUGACAUUUUCAUUCCGGCUGUUACUUCUGCAUCCGUCUUCCUCCUCACCAAACUAAACAAAAUAUGAUCAUUAUAUUAUGUUUCAAGGUUGUUGUGUUAUCAUAUUUUUUUUUAUUUCAAACAUGUUUUUUUAGUUAAAAUUCAGAAAUGUGACAAGAAGCAAACAUGAUCAAA